AUGGCGUGGAACAAGUCCGGCUCUUCUUGGCCCAAUUGGAACCCAAACAAUUCCUGGGGAUCAUGGUCAGACAGCCACAAGAACUCAUGGGAUCAGAGCCAGCCAGAGUCAAAGUGGGAUCAGACCAAGCCAUCCGCCAGCAUCACCCAGACUCCGGUUCCUUCAGACUUUCAGGCUGAUGAGGAGUUCUUAGACAACCGUGAGAAAUAUGGGUACAAACUCCACCGCAAAGUUCAACCCACCAAUUGGUCCCGAAAGCGGCAACUAGCGGGCCGCCCGGUGGAAGACAUAAGCAUCGUGGACAUCACCAAGAACGGCUGGGAAGAACAUGCGCUUCGAGUUUUGUCUCAAGGGUCCUUUGUCACGCCAGUGUGGGCCCGAUCCACAUCAGAAGCAGUGUUCGCUGCAGGGUUGUUCAAGAAGAUCAGGGAAAAGAAAUACAAUAUUGAUGCCAUUGCUGAACGCAUUUGUGCUGACAGCAACACACCACCCCCCAGCAAACAUGAACAUGCCAUCGACUUCAUGACACCGCUUGUGGACAAAAUCAUGAGUCUUUUGGAUGAGCUCCACCCGGUCGCCCAAGAUUGCACCGCCUUGAAGAAAAUCCAAAGCUUAGAGGCAGAGAAUGCUCGGUUCCGAGCCAAAGGAGUUGUUUUGACUCCGGAGAAGCAUACCACCACAGGGGAGAAACCAGGAGAAGCGAAUUCAGAACCAGGCUCAUCAGUGCAUCCCGCAAAGAAACGCAAGGUCCAACUGCUUGAGGUUGAUGCUAUCCACCACCCCAAGCAAGCUCUUGAGGACCCUCCUUCAGCCACCACCGACAAAGCCAUGCAACAAUGGCUUGAAAACAUCAAGAAGCACAUGGACAAGGAGAAGGCUUCCCAGCUCGACAAGUACGUCAAGCAAGUUGUGGAACACCACAAAGGGCUCAAAAGCAAAGACCUGGGCGACCUCCGUGCCUUGGCUAUAAAAUGGGGGCUUCCCUACAACUUGGCAGAGAAGGCCAGCAACAAAUCGUUGUCUCAGAUCGUUGCAGCGGCGGCACUGCAGGUCGCCAUUCCUUGCCCACCCAGAAUAUCGGUCUCGGAUGGAAAGCUUCAAAAGGACAGUGGGCACAAGCCAGUCAACAAACAGUACAAAAUCCCAACAGGACAAGCGUUCCUGAAACGGAAGAAAUCUUGGAAAAAGGGCCGUACAAUUAUUGGAUACCACUGCAGUGUCCUCACCAAGCUGACGCACAUCACUGCAGUAGCCCUAGCAGACAUGCUGACCGAAGUGUGGCCUUCAACCUUGGGGACAACACCUACACCGGAACUAUUCCAGAAGCUUCACAAGUUCUUCGAUGAGACUUCCAGCGACAUUGACCUCGUGAUGUACAACGACGACUUGGUGGGCUUCUUCAACUCCAUCCCUCAGGAACAAACAACCUCACACUUUCAGGAUUUCGCAGCAGAGCACACUUGA